CUCUCUCUCCGCGACGUUUAAGUCGCGCGGUUCUGAAUGUAUUGUUCAAACUACACCGUCCUCUCUUUCUCUCUCUCUCUCUCUCUCUCUCUACAUGUAUUGUUCGAACUAGGGUUUUAUGUUUCCUUAGAACUAAAAUAUGGAAAUCCCUGUGUGCUAGCUGCAGUUCUGAAUCGUCAUUACACAUACACACGAACAGAACCUUCAAGCCUCGAUUCAGCGAAGAAGACCGGUGAUUCGUCUCUCGAUCGAACCUUCAAGCCUCGACUCAGCAUCUCCAUCUAUCAUCGACUAUCUAAUCACCAUCUUUGCAGACCCAUCGAUUCAGGUAUGGAGCAACACCGCGAAUUGGGAUUUUCCAGGGCCAAGGUAUUGGAAAGGCUCUUGUUGAAAAGCUCAUAAGGGUUAUUUUACGAAGGGUCAUUGACAGUAACUCUUUGCAGAUAGUCAAG